AUGGACUCGACGCAAUUCCUCGAGGCACACGCAUCGACGCAGUCACUCGCUCAAACCACCGCCCAAGACUACUCUUACACCCUCGCUGCAAUGGAUCACAAGUCGCCAAACCGCCCUCUUCGCUCCCACUCACGCAAGCACCGCAGCAUCCCGCUCAGCUCAGGCCAUGCACUGUUCAACAAACCCGCCUCCAGGGACUCAUCUGAACCUCAACCUCACCUUCGCCGUGUCCAAGCUUUCUCGGAUCUUGUCGAGUCCGUCGGCUCGAGCUUCGCGCCAGUGGUGUCGGUCUCUGUCGCAAAGGACGACUGGCUCGAGGAGUCUGUCGCCAAGACCAAGAGACUUCUCAAAGACAAAGAGAUGGCCGAGCAAAUGGCACGUCGUGUGCGCGGAGUUCCUUCGAUCCAGUACCUCGGUAUGGGCCAGGACAGCGUUCAACUGCGCCGCAAGAGGAAGUCGCAAGACCUGAGGUCUGAGUAUGGCAGUGACGGUGAUGAGGAGAAGUCCAGCCCACCCGUCUCAGCUCUGCCGCUCUCGGGUCAUGAGGAGCACUCGCCUAACUCUGCCGAUGAUGACAACACUACCAUCGCUACGAUUAACUCGGACAACAGCACCUUUGCUCGCACCCCACCACGCUUCUACUCCUUGUCUCGUCGCGCUUCUGACCCUCUUCCGGCCAAGAUCUUGGCUUGCAGCUGUUGUGGCAAUGGCUUCUUCAUCGGCGGUGGAGGUAAUGGCGGCCAGGAAAUCGCAGGCUCGGACGACACAAGCUCCGAUGAGUUCACUGAUCGUGUUUGCCCGGAGUAA